CCCCCGCCCUCCACGCUGGUGCAGGGCCCCCAGGGGAAGCCGGGCCGUACUGGCAAGCCCGGACCCCCAGGGCUUCCCGGGGACCCUGGUCCACCGGGCCCUGUGGGGCCGCCCGGGGAGAAGGGUGAGCCAGGCAAGCCGGGCCCUCCCGGGCUCCCAGGCGCGGGGGGCAGCGGCGCCAUCAGCACGGCCACCUACAGCACGGUGCCGCGCGUGGCCUUCUACGCCGGCCUCAAGAACCCCCACGAGGGUUACGAGGUGCUCAAGUUUGACGACGUGGUCACCAAUCUAGGCAACAACUACGAUGCGGCCAGCGGCAAGUUUACGUGCAACAUUCCCGGCACCUACUUUUUCACCUACCAUGUCCUCAUGCGCGGCGGCGACGGCACCAGUAUGUGGGCGGACCUCUGCAAGAACGGUCAGGUGCGGGCCAGCGCCAUUGCCCAGGACGCAGACCAGAACUACGAUUACGCCAGCAACAGCGUCAUCCUGCACCUGGAUGCGGGCGACGAGGUCUUCAUCAAGCUGGACGGGGGCAAAGCGCACGGCGGCAACAGCAACAAAUACAGCACUUUCUCCGGCUUCAUCAUCUACUCCGAUUGAGCUCCCCGCGUGCCCCCCACCCCCGGGACACCCCCGGAACAGAUGACGACCCGUCCCCUGCCCUCCCCGGCUCUGACGCCCCUGGCCUGCCCUGCCACCGCCUGUGCUGCAGCUAGGUCCUCCCGCUGCCUUCCCGCAGAGCCGGGCCCGACGCCCCUGUCCUGGUCCUCGGGAGGCAGUCGACGGCUCUGGACCCCGGCCCGCGCUGUAUAUUUGUACAAUAGGACUAUUUACCGCCCGCCCCCGCCUGCCAGCCCGCCCCAGCUUGGGGAGAGGUCGGGGCAGGAUUGCUUCCCGCCUUCUGAUGACCUGCCUUCUGGCUCUGGGUGGCACCGCCUGGGGGAGGGGUGGGUUGGGGGCUGGAUAGUUUCUCAGUACCCCCAAAUUCCCGGCCAGGCUGCUCCCUGUCUGACCAAAGGUAUAAUAAAAACAUUUCCACCCCA